AUGACUUGGCCCAUCUGCUACAUCUACGGCGAGGAGAAGAACACCAUGUUCCACACACGCGCGCAACUCGCUAAGCUGCGCGCCAAGGAGGGGUGCGUCGUGGUCGGCGUGCCGCGCGCGGGACACUGGUGCUACAAGCACGAGCCCGAGGCGUGCUACGCAGCGGUCAAGGUCUUCGUGCUCGGUGAGUGA